UCUCAUAUCCACGAAAGCAUACCAUUCCCAAAUUAGAGAGAAUCAUAAAUUCAUAAACGUUGAAACAUUUUUCUUUCUCGGUUGGAGAUUGGUCAAUAAUGGAGAUUGAAUCGGUGACGUGCGAAUGUUGCGGCUUAAUGGAAGAUUGUACACAACACUACAUUAGUAAAGUCAAAGCUAACUUCGCCGGAAAAUGGCUUUGUGGACUUUGCUCCGAAGCGGUAAGCGACGAAUUCAGCCGUAGUUCGAAGACGGUGGAGGAAGCUGUUAAUGCUCACGUGUCAUUUUGUGGCAAGUUUAACGCCAAUCCGGCAGAACUUGUCGCCGACGGCAUGAGACAGAUGCUACGAAGGAGGUCCGGUGAGUUAUCGCCUAAGACGUCCAAGAAGUUCGGAAGAUCUAACACCACAUAAUUCAUGUAGUCAUCUUUUUCUUACUUUUUGCCUUAAAGUUUUGGCUAAUGUAAAAUAUAAUAAAAGUAAGUUU